AUGACCACCGCUACACCAGCUCCCAAGCGCCGCCGCCUCAAUGACGCACUCCACAAGCCCUUCAAAUCACCCUUUCGCACACCACUGAAGCCGACAUCCAACCCAGCGGUCGUAAAUGGCAUAUCGGCAGCUCCUACGCCCGCAUCGCUCAGCUCAGCUGAAAACAAGCCCUCAGAAGCAACCGUAGCUGCCAGACUUCAACACCCAGCCUCGCCCGGGGGCUCUCCUCAACCGCAAACGCAACCGGCCACAUCUCGCCGACCUCCAAUGCGACUUCCGCCAACACCUCUCUCGGCGGAUUCACUCACGCCUUCCCAAACCGCUCACCUCACAGCUCUCACAGCCACGACCCGCACCCUCGACCGCCGCAUCCACGCCGUCCGCCAAGACGUCGACACGCUCACCCAAGCCCUACGCAUUGAAUCCUCAGGCCGUGACAACGAGCUCGAGACCUUGAUCCAGAAGUGGAAGGAGGCGAGCCGUGCGGCGGCAGAGGAGGUCUUUGGGCGUAGCAAGGAUCGGGUUAAUCGGAUGGGUGGGGUGGGCGCGUGGAGGGAACGGGAGCGGGAGGGGCGGGAGAGGAUGAGGGCGUGGGUGGAGGAGGGUCAGGCGGGAAAGGGAGAGGGAGAUGAGGACGAGGAUGAUGAUGAGGAUGAGGGGGAGGAUGGGGUGGAUGUCGAGGCUAGGGCGGCGAGAGAGGAGGCGAGAGUUGAGAGGAAGAGGAGGAGGGAGGAGAUGGUAGAUGAGCGGACGGAGUUGGAGAAGGAAGAGCAGGAGGACCAGGUUGAAGAGGCUGGGGGUGCGGAUGACGAUGCUUUCACGAUGGACAUGAUGCUCAAGACUAUGAACAUCGAUCUCACGGUCAUCGGAUGGGACAAGGAAGGACAGCGGUGGAUCGGAUAA